AUGAGAAGGUUUGGUAUAAUCUCUUUGCGUCAAUUUAAUGCAGUACGCUUUGCGACGCCUCAAUUUGCAAAAAGUAUUCACAGGCUGCGGAAUGUCGGUAUUAGUGCCCAUAUUGAUAGUGGCAAGACGACUUUAACAGAACGCAUUUUAUAUUAUACUGGUCGAAUUGGCAAAAUUCACGAAGUAAAGGGGGGAACAGAAGUUGGGGCAACUAUGGACUCCAUGGAACUUGAGAAAGAAAGAGGAAUUACAAUUCGUUCUGCGGCAACUCACUGUAAGUGGAACGACUAUUUCAUCAACGUUAUAGACACUCCUGGACAUGUUGAUUUCACCAUAGAGGUUGAAAGAGCUCUGAGAGUUCUUGACGGGGCCAUUAUGCUUAUGUGUGGUGUUGGAGGUGUUCAAAGUCAAACACUUACAGUGGAUCGGCAAAUGAAACGCUACGGUGUUCCUCGCAUUUGUUUCAUUAAUAAACUUGACCGCGAUAAUGCAAAUCCACAACGGGCGCUUAAGAUGGCGAGGGAACGGCUGGGUAUAAAUGCCGCUUUUAUUCAGAUUAACAUGGGGAUAUCACAGGAUUUUGAGGGCGUUGUCGAUGUCAUUGAAAACCGUGCCGUAUAUUUUGAUGGUGCCAAUGGAGAAAGAAUUCGGUUUGAAGAAGUUCCAGCAUACCUCAAGGAUGAAUUGAAAACGGCAAGAAAAGAACUCAUAGAAAGACUCGCUGAAAGUGAUAGUGAAAUGGAAGAAGUCUUUCUUAAUGAUAAAGAGCCAACUACGGAGAUGAUACAUGCGGCGAUUCGACGUGCGACAAUUGCCAAUAAGUUUAUUCCUGUGUUGUUGGGUUCAGCCUAUCGAAACAAAGGUGUACAACUCCUUCUAGACGCAAUUUGUCGGUAUCUUCCGUCUCCUAUGGAAAAGGAAAAUAAGGGUUAUUUGCUGAAAAAGGUGAAAGAUGAAGAGGGAAAUAUUUCCAAUGUUAAGGAAGAAAAGGUUGACUUAUUGACUGACGACGAAAAACCACUUGUGGCGCUUUUGUUUAAGCUGGAAGAAACCAAGAAAACAGGACUUUCAAAUUAUGUUCGGGUGUAUCAAGGGAAAAUGAGGAAGGAACACCUUUUAAACGUUCGAAGUGGUAAGACGUUUUUACCCCCAAAGCUUGUCAGAAUGCAUGCUGAUUCCGCUGAGCAGGUGGACGAGGUUAAGGCAGGAGAUAUUUGUGCCAUUCAAGGAGAAAUUGAUGCAUCAUCAGGGGACACGAUUAUGAGAGCGGGUCCAAAAAGCGGACUUCUAAUUUCUUGCGAAGAUAUGUACAUCCCUCCGCGUGUCAUUUCAUCUUCUAUUAAGGCGAAGGAUGAUCGGGAUCUGAAUCGAUUGCGUGACCGUAUGGCUGCAUUUAUGCGCGAGGAUCCCACAUUUUUUUUUUAUCGCAACUCUGAAACCAACGAAGACAUUUUGGAGGGUAUGGGAGAGCUGCAUCUUGAUAUUUAUGUGGAGCGCUUGAAACGUGAACAUGGUCUGGAGGUUGAACUUGGGAAACCGACGGUAAACUAUCGAGAGGUAAUCACGGAACGAAAGGAGUUUGAUUUUGUUUUCAAACGACAAAGUGGUGGCGCGGGACAGUGGGCACAAUUAAAAGGAUAUAUCGAUGUUUUUCCUAUUGAUAUGUCAAUAGAGAAGGGCGUAAAAAACAAGGUCACUGUCAGUUGCUCCAACGGUGAUGUUCGCGAAUCCCUUCAGAAGUCGGUUAUCAAGCAACUGGAGCGUAAAAUAUUUGUAAAGGGCGAAUUGAUGGGGGCACCGGUAUGGGGUGUACACUUUCAUCUUGGUGGUGGCGCUAUGCAUGAGGUGGAUUCAACAGAUAUGGCGUUUAAAAAUGCAACACAAGAAUUGUGGGAAACACUAUUACCAAAACUCAAGCCUACAUUGGUAGAGCCAUACAUGGAUGUGGAAAUUGUUGUUCCGGCGCAGUGCAUGACGGAGGUGACAACAGAAUUUUCAAAACGUGAAGGUAUUGUUACGGAAACAAGUAUCAAUGGAGCAGAUGCAGUAAUUCGUGGAGAGACGGCGCUGGACACCAUGUUUGGUUUCAUCUCCGAUCUUCGGCGACUUACAAAGGGGCAAGGUGACUUUGGGAUGCAAUUUAAAGAGUACAGGCCCAUGCAACAGUACAAAGCACAAAUUCGCAUGGACGAGCGCAACAAGGAAAUUGGCCGUAAACUUUAUAAACUCGCUGGGGAAUGA